AUGAGUUCAGACACUGAAUCUCCAAUAUUUCGAAGAAGGGAAUCUAGAAGAGAUUCAACUCUAUCUUAAAUAACAGGAGGAAGUGGAGCAAACCAAAAUCUAUAGGUUCUUAAUGAUCGUAAAGUAUUAUUACUCUAUGCUUCUGGAGCAACAGCAGCUGAAGGAGAACUUAAUGAAAAUCAUAUGACUGUUGUUAAAGGAAGAUUAGAAUAAAGAAUGAAACAUAUAUCUUUUCUAUGUGAUCUAGAAUACACAUAAGUACUAUUUUAAAUCAUUUAAUAGUAUCAUAACUAAGAUGGUUGUCUUACCACACCCGUUUCUGAAUAUGGAAGAAGAACAGUUUAUAAAGUAAUGGAGCUUGACUAAAUUACAAACUCAAGAUAAACUGUAAAAAUCAACUUAUUAUCUAUAGUCUUACUCUGAUAUAAGACACAUAGCAGAAAUAAUAAAGGAAAAUUAUGAAAAGUUUAGUGCAUUUGUAAUUCUAAGUGGAAUUGCAACUAUAACUUAUCUAGGUACAAACUUGUCCUUUAUGCUUGAAAACCUAUAAAAAACUGUUGUUAUCACAGGUUCUUUGAUUCCUUUGUCAUUUAUGAGAAAUGAUGCAUUCCAAAACAUCUUAGAUUCAUUGAUCUUAGCUGGACAUUUUCUUAUCCCAGAAGUGUUGAUAGUUAUGGAUCAUAAAGCUUAUAGAGCUAAUAGAUGUAGAUAAUUAAAAUGUGAUUCACUUGAUUGUGUUGAAAGUCCAAACUUUCCUAAUUUAGUUGAAUUUGGAAUCAACAUUGAUAUUAAAUGGCAUUUAGUGUUAAGAAGAGGAGAACAAAUGUUUAGUAAUGAAGAAAGCACUUUAGAAUUAUCACCUUAAUUCGUUACAGAUGUUAUCAUUGUUAAAAUUACUCCUUUUACAACUGUUGAACAUAUUAAACAUAUAUUUAACACUCCUAAUUUAAGAUGUUGUAUUUUAGAAUGUUAUCAUUUUGGUGAAAUGCCUCAUAGUUAAGAAUUUUAUAACGCCUUGUUACAUGCAUAAUCUUAAUAAGGUAUAAUCUUAAUUCAAAUAUCUUAAUGUAUUAAAGGAUAACCAAUCAAAAACUUUAAAAAAAUUAUGAAUGGCAUUAUUGUUCAAUAUGAUAUCACUCCUGAAAGUGCCUUAGCUAAAAUUGGAUAUCUACUUGGAAAAGGAUAUAAUAAUUAAGAAAUUAUUGAAAAAUUUCCAUAAAAUUUAUAAGGAGAAACUGAAUCUGUUAGGUAAUUUGAGAAAUUUGAAGGAUAAAAACAACAUUUUAUCUAAACUAUCUUAGAAACCUUACAAAAAACUUCAGGAGAUGAAUAAAUUAGCUAAAAUAUGGAUAUUAUGA